UAAAUCAAUUGUCAUUGAACGUUUAGACCUGCUGAUUUACUGUAUUUACUGUAUUAUAAAACAGUUUGAUCUCUUAUGAAAACUCUGUGUAGGACUAUGAGCACCGGAAAAUGUCCAUUGCUGUCUGUGCAGCCGAUUCGAGGUCUGGUGGAUGAGAGGUUUCAGAUUGUCGUAAUGAACUUAUUGCCAAAUCAGGAGGUGACGCUACAUGCUUUACAUCAGUCAGAAGAGAAAGACUUCUGGGAGGCUUUUGGACACUACAUCAGUGAUCUACAUGGGACAGUGACAGUGGCCAAAGAUGAAAGUUUGGGAGGCACUUAUGAAGGGACAGAGGCCAUGGGGUUGCUAUGGAGCAUGAGCCCUGUACCAGCAAGUCGAAGUGGGCUCAGAUUGCGUAGGGUGGACAUACUUACACCUAUGGUAGUCCACAUUUCAGUGUACAGUGGUCAUCUAUCUCAAGGCUUUAACCAGCAAACAGCCCUGGCAGCCAGUGUCACAGAGCGCUGGUACAUCGCACCAGGAGUACAGAGGGUGGAUGUUAGAGAAAGAGGACUGAAAGGAACUUUAUUUAUUCCUCCAGGUCCAGGACCUUACCCAGGAGUGCUGGACCUGUGGGGAGGAGGUGGUGGUUUAGUUGAGUAUCGCUCUGCCCUGUUGGCAUCUCAUGGCUUUGCUUCACUGGCACUAGAGUACAUGAAUCGCAAUGAUAAGAAAAUGGCAGAUGUUGAUGCAUCUUACAUUGAGGAAGCAUAUCUGUUCUUGCAGAGUCAUCCAAAGGUACAAAGGGACCACCUGGCUGUAGUUGGACUCUCAUUUGGAAGUUCAGUCACACUUAGCAUGGUGGCCUACUCUAAUAUCAUCAAGCCACAGUGCUGUAUGUGUAUCAGUGGAAGUCAUCUGGUUCCGGUUGAUAAACCAAUAAUCAAAGUCUUUCAGAAUUUGAAAUUGAGCUCAGACAAGUUAGCUUUGAAUGAAGACAACCAAUUGAUGAACAAAGACUUAAUGCUGCCGAUUCCCUCAGACCCAGCUCUCAAAGUGGAUGUUGGGAAAAUAAAGUGUCCGCUUUUGUUGGUGAACGGUGGUGAUGAUCAGAACUGGCCUUCUGUUGAAUCUGCUGAAGAUAUGAAGCUGAUAAUGGAGAAAGCAGGAAAUCUUCACUUGUUGAAAGUCCUGACAUAUCCUGGUGCAGGUCAUCUGAUCGAACCUCCUUACACACCUCACAUCCGUGCAAGUAACUUCAUCCGUCUAGACCAUAGGAAAGUUGUCUUCCUUUGGGGUGGACAAACCAAACCACACGCAUACGCACAAGAGAAUGCAUGGAAAGAAAUAUUAGCAUUUCUGCGGCAGCACCUUUAUUUCAGCACAGAUGGUGUAGUUAAAUCCAGACUUUAGUUGUGUAAUAACAACAGUGUCAUGUGAGCAACUAGAUAUCACAUGUCUCUAAAUAGACCUUUAAUGUUUAUUAUGAUUUAAAGCAUUUUGAAAUAUGCUGUAAAUAAGGCACACCAAAUGGCACAACAGCAUGUAACAGUACAGUAUAUGAUUUGAAAAUAUGCAUUUAUUGUAAUGAAUGUUAUCAUCACACUUUAAUUUUAUGUGUUCAAAAAACAAAAAAACAAAACAUGAGAUUAACAUUUUUGACAUGCCUAAUUGUUACAUUUUGAUUAGGAAUCACUGUACACAUAUAUUAUCAAAUACACUGCUCGGACCAAACGCCCUCUAGUGGGCCCUGUGCUCACUGCCAGGCACGGUGGAUCUCGAUUGGCAUUUGCCACUGAAUGGCCCACAUGCUCGCCUCUGGGACAUUAUAUAUGUUGCCAGGUUGCACCUCAGAUUGUCCAGGAGCUCAGUGAUGCCUUGGUCCAGAUCUGGGAGGAAACACCCCAUCCGUUGCCUCAUUAGGAGCAUGCCCCGACAAGUCAUGCAUACAAGCAUGUGGGGCCAUUCAAACUACU